AUGGCUUCAUCUCAAUGUCCCAUAGAUCGAAACUUCAUUGUAGUGGAUUUCCACUAUAAUGGAACGUUUGCACCCAACCCAUUAGUAUACUUUGAUCCCGACAAACAAUCAGUAGGAGAUGUUGACUUCAGUGCAUUUGAGUACGAGGAGUUCAUGGAAUUCCUUCAAAAGCUCACCAGAACUAGAAGCAAAGACAUUUACUUCUGCCUUCCACAAGAGUCUUUAAGUCAGGGAAUUCAUACACUGGUGAAUGACGGUGAUUACAAAGAAUUUUUGGAUUUGGCUUAUGCAAACGAGAGGAGAAUGAAUGUGUAUGUGGACCACUAUAAUGAACCAAUCUUCGAAUGGAUUGAGGAAGAGGAAAUUGAAGAUCAAGACUACAGCUGUGAAGAGGAUGAAGACUCAGUAUUCUCGGAGACUUAUUCUGUUGAUCAUGAAGAAGAUGAUGUUGAAUAUCCAUUCCCAGCCAACAAAACCAAGGGUGACAGGUUCUUAAACAAACUUUGUGUAGACACAUUAGAUGAAGAUGUUGAAUAUCUUGAACCUCGAUACCCUGUACAUGAUGAUAGACAACCAUGGAAUCAGAUGAAACCACUGUUAGGUAUGCGAUUUUCUAACCCUGAUGAACUUAAAAACAUGUUGAGCAACUAUGCAGUUGCUAAUGGAUAUGAUCUCUGGUUUGAAAAAAAUGACUCCCAAAGGUUGUUAGUUAAGUGUUGCAAAGAAAACAAGUCACCUAAUUGUCCAUUUAGACUUUGGGCCUCUUGGAUGAGUAAAGAGAGGACUUUUCAGAUAAAAUCUUUAGUUAGUGAACAUAAUUGUAGCAGGGUGUUUAAGUUUGGGUCCAUAGUAACUUAUAAGUGGUUAGGAAAACAGUUUAUGAGUGAAAUUAUAGAGAAGCCAAAAAUGAGUGUUAGGAAGAUGAAAGCUAAAGUUUCAACAACAUUCAAUAUAAAUGUGAGUGAGGGGCAAUGCAGAAAUGCAAAGAAAUUUGCAUUACAAGAAAUUGAAGGAAGUCUAAUUGAACAUUAUGGGAGAUUAUGGUCAUAUGGUCAUGAAAUUCUGAGGACAAACCCUGGGUCUACUGUGAGGAUGGAUGUAGACAUCAUGCAAGAUUCCACAACUUUGUUUUCUAAGUACUAUGUCUGCUUUAAAGCUAUAAGUGAUGGUUGGAAGGAAGGGUGCAGGCCUGUGAUUGGCCUUGAUGAUUGCUUUCUAAAGGGUAUUGUUAGGGGAGAAGUUUUGGCAGCUGUAGGGAGGGAUGCAAACAACCAAAUCUACCCUAUAGCAUGGGCUGUAGUUGGAGUUGAGAACAAGACCACAUGGAAGUGGUUCAUAGAUCUCCUCAUGGAUGAUAUUGAUGGUGGUCUUGGUGCAGGCAUUACCCUUUUUUCUGAUGGACACAAGGGGUUGCUAGAAGCAGUAAAAGAAAGGUGUCCAGAAGCUGAACACAGACAAUGUGCCAGGCACAUUGUGGCUAAUUUUGCUAAAAGGUUUACCGGUCAACAUUUCAGGAAGCUUUUUUGGAGGGCUGUUAGAGCUAGUACUGAACAGAAGUUCAAACAUGUAAUGGAAAAGAUCAAAUCUUUAGAUACUCAAGCAUAUGAGUACCUUAUAGACAGAGAUCCUACUACCUGGUCUAAGGCAUUUUUUAAAGAGGGCAGAGAUUGUGAUGCAGUUGAGAAUGGGGUGAGUGAGAGUUUCAAUUCUGCUAUUAGGCAUGCUAGAAGGAAACCAAUCAUCACUAUGCUAGAGGAGAUUAGGAUAUUUGUGAUGGAGAGGAUAUACAGUCAAAGAGUAGAAGGAAUUGAAUGGGAUUUGAAUAUUUGUCCAAGUAUUAGGAAGCGUAUACAAGAUUUGAAGGUUAAACAGAGAUUGUGGGGGGUUACUCCUUGUGGUUAUCAAAAGUAUGAAGUUAGGUUCAAUGAUGCAGCAUAUGGAGUGGAUCUGAUUGCAAAGACUUGUGCAUGCAGAAUAUGGCAACUUACAGGGAUACCAUGCUUACAUGGAGUAGCUGCAAUCUCUUCCCUGAAUCAAGAUGCAGAAACAUAUGUGUCCCAAUCAUACAGUAAAGAGGCUUUUCUAAAAUGCUAUAAUUAUAGCAUUAACCCUCUUAAUGGUAGUGAUAUGUGGGAAGAAGUUCCUUAUCGAAAGCCUUUGCCUCCCAAAAGAAGAAGAUUACCUGGUAGGCCAUCAAUGAAAAGGAAGAGGGAUGCAGUGGAAAGGGAGUUGAGUGGACCACACCAAGUUCAUCCAGGGAUAGUGGAGCAGGACCAAGUCAACCACCAAGUUCAUCAGGGGGUAGUGGAGUAG